AUGGAGCUUCUUGUGAAUGUAAGAAAAUGGAUAGAAGAAAACAAAACUGCCUUUUUGCCACCUGUUUGCAACAAGCUUAUGCAUCGCUAUCAAUUAAAUGUGAUGUUUGUUGGAGGGCCAAAUGAAAGGAAGGAUUAUCAUAUUGAAGAAGGAGAAGAGCUUUUUUACCAGGUUCAAGGAGAUAUGUGUUUGAAGAUAAUUGAAAAGGGGAAACAAAAAGACGUUGUCAUCCGAGAAGGGGAGAUGUUCCUGCUACCUGCCAGGAUACCUCAUUCUCCUCAGAGAUAUGAAAACACUGUGGGUCUUGUGGUUGAGAGGGAAAGAUUAAAAACAGAAAUUGAUGGGCUAAGAUACUAUGUUGGAGAGUCAACCAAUGUCCUCUUCGAAAAAUGGUUUCACUGUGAAGAUCUUGGCACUCAACUUAUACCAAUAAUUCAAGAGUUUUUCAAUUCAAGGCAAUAUAAAACUGGAAAACCAAACCCAGAUGAGCUCCUGAAAGAAACACCUUUCCCACUGAAUUCCGCUUCUGUUAUGGAGCCAUUCUCCUUCUCGAGCUGGUUAGAUGAUCAUCGUGAUGAAAUAAAACAGAAGAAAUCCUUGAGUAUGUUUGGAGAUAACUUUGAAACAGAGGUUAUAGCUUAUGGACCAGGAACAACUGAGAAAAGUAAAAAGAAUUCAGAUAUCUGGAUAUGGCAGCUGGAGGGCACAUCGACUGUUGCCAUGGAUGGUAAAACCCUGACUCUCUCUGCUGGUGACAGCCUGCUUGUCCGUGCCCAGUCUACGUACUGCUGGAAAAGAGCAGAAGAUUGUGUUGCUCUCUGCAUCGCUCAGGAUCCAAAACGCAAGCAGCCUUAUAAAUAA